AUGGUAAGAAAAUUCAUCAUCUUGUCUUUGGCUUUGUUCGCCGCCGCUAUGGCUGAUGUCUCCGAAUUGAGCGGCUACGACUAUCAAGCUCCAGCUGCCAGCCAAGUUCAUGGUGAUUUCAGCGGUGCCUCCGGCUAUAGCAGCUCCCAUAGCUAUGCUGCCCCAGCUGCUUCUGCUCCAGCCAAUACCUAUAUCCCCCCUGCAGCAUCUGCUCCUGCCAGCAGUUAUGCUGCUCCUCAAUCCUUCGCCCCUGCCCCAGCUGCUUCUCAAAGUUAUGCCGCCCCAGCUGCUUCUGCUCCAGCUAGCUCCUAUAUCCCUCCUGCAGCUUCUGCCCCUGCCAGCAGUUAUGCUGCUCCCCAAUCCUUCGCCCCAGCCCCAGCUCCUCAGUCUUUCGCUCCAGCCCCAGCUGCUUCUGCUCCUUCCAGCUCCUACAUUCCCCCUGCUGCCUCUUCCCCUGUUGCCUCUGUUGACUUCGGUGAUGAUGGUUACCGUUACAAAACUCAACGUCGUCGCGUCUUCCGUCAACGUUUUGCGGGAGUCUUCCCGGAACGUUGGAAGGUUGCCAACGUUCAGACAAUACCCAAGAAAGGUGAAGCAAACAACCCUGCGGCAUAUCGGCCAAUUGCGAUAUGCUCCGCCCUCUCCAAGGUCAUGAAGAGCAUGAUUAAUCACCAUCUUAAUUCUUUGUUAUUAUCUUUGGCUUUAAUUGCUGGUGUUGUGGCGGAUGUUUCCCAUUUGGGUUAUCACUAUCAUGGGCCUAGUACACGUUCAAUUCAUGAUGCUGUUGGCAGUGGCAGCUCAUUCAAUGAUGGUCAAGGCGACAUAAGUUUUGGUAGUACAGCCCAAUCAUCUGGCGUGAACCAACAACAAUCUAUACCUUACCACACCGUUCCAGUUUCUCAAGUGAACUAUCAGCCUGAAUAUCACACUUCUUCGACUGCUCAACAGUUGCCCGUUUUCAAUACCGCUGUGGUUAAUCAGCCAGCUGCUGUUUACAAUCAAGCUCCUGUUUAUCAAACCGGUUAUGUUGAGCAACCGGCAUACACCACUUCCCAAACAUCGGGUACUGAGUACCAAUCUAGUCCUGUUUAUCAAUCUGCUCCUGUAUAUCAAUCUAGUCCUGUAUAUGAAUCUGCACCUGCUGCCUACCAACAGGCUUCUGUUUCCCAGCAGGCUCCUAGCUAUCAUACAGCUGCAGUCUCUCAACCAUCUUUUACCAUCACUCAAUCAGCUCCUGCCUAUGAAACAGCUGCAGUGCAUCAAUCAGCUCCCGUGUAUCAACCUGCAGUGGGAAAACUUGACACUUCAAUAAUUUCCUCAGCUCCAGCUUAUCAACAAACUCCUGUGUACCAGCAAACUGCUGUGUAUCAAACAGCUCCCGUUUCUCAAAACACAGCUACAUUUAGCCAAAAUUUCCUUCCCUCGUCCGCUACGGCUUCAUCAGUCUCCGAUUCCUUUGCCGGCGUGUAUGAUAAAGGAGUUGUUGGCACAGAUUUUGGCAAUACCAUUGAUGGCAGCGAAGACAACUCGAAUGGCUAUCAUUACGAAGACCCUCGUCUUCGUCGUGUCUAUCGCCAAAGUGUUUAA